AUGAUUUUUCGAACAAGAGUCUCCUGCAAUUUCUUGGCGCCAAACAGAAGCUCGAAGCGACCAGAAAAAGCACUGAUCAAUCACCUCUUGCUUCUCUUGAAGCAGAGCAAAUCAACCAGAUUAGUGCAGCAAAUCCACACGCAAAUCCUGAUUCACUCAAUUCCCAUGCCUAUGCCCAAUUACUUGCUCUCCAAAAUCAUCGAGCUCAAACACUUCUCCUACUCCACCCUCCUCUUCCCCCAAAUCCCACCCAACAGCUACGCUUUCAAUGUCAUGAUCAGGGGUCUCGCCACGUCAUGGGAGAAAUUCGAUUCCGCGCUGGAUUUGUUCGCCAGAAUGAAGAAUCUAGGCGUGAGGCCCGACAAUUUCACUUACCCUUUCGUCUCUAUGUCGUGCGGGAGCCUGGAAGCGUUGGGGGUUGGGAAAUCGGUGCAUUGCGAGGUUUGGAAAUGCGGCCUGCUGGUGGAUUUUCACGUGGCGAAUUCGCUGAUCACGAUGUAUGCGAGGUGUAGAGAGGUGGGGUUUGCGAGGAAGGUGUUUGAUGAAAUGACGGAGAGGGAUUUGGUGUCGUGGAACUCGAUUAUAUCGGGAUAUUCGAGGCUGGGCUGUUCUGGAGAGGCGGUGGAGAUGUUUGGGGAGAUGCGGGAGCGGGGAGUGGAGCCGGAUGAGAUGACGCUUGUUAGCGUGCUCGCUGCAUGUGGAGAUUUGGGGGAUUUGGUAUUGGGGGGAUUGGUGGAGGAGCAUGUGGUGAGGAAAGGGAUGGAGCUGAAUUCUUACAUUGGGUCUGCUUUGAUUAAUAUGUAUGGGAAGUGUGGGGAAUUGGAAUCUGCGAGAAGGGUUUUUGAUGGCAUGAAGAAGAAAGAAAUAGUCAUUUGGAACUCCAUGAUUACUGGAUAUGCACAGAAUGGACAAUCAGAUGAAACUCUCUCACUGUUUAAUGCCAUGAAGGAAACUGGGCCAGAGCCUAAUGAGAUCACCCUGAUAGCAGUUCUCUCAGCGUGUGCUUCAAUUGGUGCUCUUGAUUUGGGGAUCUGGAUUGAUAAAUAUGCAUCCGAGAGAGGAUUUCAUAAUAAUAUUUAUGUUGGAACAGCUCUGGUUGACAUGUACGCGAAAUGUGGCAAUCUGGAAUAUGCAUCAAGGGUUUUUGAAGACAUGCCUGUGAGAAAUGAGGUUUCUUGGAACACGAUGAUAUCUGCACAUGCUUUUAAUGGGAGAGCGGAGGAUGCACUCACCCUGUUUCAGCGCAUGUUAGAGGAAAAAGGCUUAUGCCCAGACGACAUCACAUUCAUAGGGGUGCUUUCUGCUUGUGUUCAUGCUGGUUUGGUGGAUGAAGGGCGUCGAUUAUUUGAUUUGAUGAGCUCCUUCUUCAAGCUGACUCCGAAAGUUGAGCACUAUUCUUGCAUGGUUGAUCUUCUUUCUCGUGCUGGACGUGUGUAUGAAGCUUGGGACUUCAUUCAGAAGAUGCCUCAAAAACCCGAUGAGAUUUUAUUGGGGGCAUUGCUCGCUGCCUGCCAGAAACUGAAGAACGUAGAUAUUGGGGAGAGAGUUAGUCAGCUUCUCCUGAAAAUGGAGCCCUCAAACUCCGGAAACUAUAUAAUCUCAUCUAAAAUUUAUGCUGAUGUGAGGAGGUGGGAGGAUUGUGCUAGGAUGAGAACACUAAUGAAACAGAAGGGUGUUACUAAAACUCCAGGAUGUAGUUGGAUUGAGACGGACGGCCACCUUCGUGAGUUUCACGCUGGUGACUUUUUAAUUGAAGAUGCAGAAGAUAUUCACCGGGCUCUUGACAUGCUAUAUGAUGAUAUGGCACUGGAGUAUGGCGUGGAUGUAGAAUUAUCUCGUGAUGUCCACCUACACUUCCCAAACCAUAAAGUUGCUGUCGAGCUUCCAUCACCUAUUCUAUCUCCAAUGUAGACUUCAGAUUUGUAUGACAGGAAAUCGAGAAGGCAUUACCGGACAGUGUUGAUGCUUGAAUGAUGCUGCAGAUGCUCUGAAAUCUGAAGCAACUAUCGUGUAAAAGCAGGAGCCUCCCUCUCUGGGCUAAGUUGGUAUUGUUGCACACUGCAUUUCCUCACUUGUUAUUCUCAGGCAUUGAGCUUUCAGCAUAUCUUAAUUUUCAGGAUAUUACUUGGCACUAGGUACAGUUAGAAGAAUCAAGAUUUGGAUUAGCAAAUAUCUGGUCUUUUGUUAUUUCUGCUGAAGCUCAUUUACAAUCAAUUCCAUCUCAAAGCUGAUUGCGUAAAUUAAUAUCAUUGUUGGACUCUUCUGAUUGCUUUUGUAAAUAAGUCUGACCAGGUGAGCACAGGAAGAACACUCCUCCAGCACCAUUCUGUCUCUGAUAUAUUUGGAAAACACAUUUGCGAGGGAAGGAAUUGAUGGUGCUUUCCUGGUGGCCUUCAGACUCAUCGAGAUGCCUUGUUAAAUUGUGCUGUUGUACUCUGUUUUCUUGUGCUAGAGAAUGAGGAUAUAAGUUAUGCUUGUCGACUGCAUUUAUUCAGCUUACGCCUUGGAAAUUUGAAUAAUAAACCCUCGGAUUGGUGAGCAA